AAAAAAACAAAGCAACAUACAUUGAGCAGUACGCACACUCUCUUUUGCACUACUAACUCAAGAUGUUCGCAGAGGAAACUCAUGGUCAUUACCAUGAUAAAAAGAAGACGAAACUCGCCAAAGAUAAUGUUGACGAAAUGAUUGAAAUUGAAAUGCCAAAUAAUGCAAAUAACAGCAGUAGUGGAAACGGAGAUGUGGCUGGACAACAAACAGUAAUGCAUAGAAUUGGUUCUUCUCCGACCUUUAGUCCAGUUUCUGUUCCUAGGUUAAAUGUUUCGUAUGUGGAUCAAGCUACUCGAGAGUGGCAAUCGGAUUUUAAACAAUUUCCUCUAGUGGAUACAGCCAAUAUUUCAAAGAAGGAAGUUGUAGAGUUUUACGAAAAGCAAAAUGAAAUGGUUGAUGAAUAUUCGAAACUUUUCAAAUCCAAGUUGGAGCAUUCGGACGAAACUACAACUGAAGGCGAUUUGACAGGACGUUCUGUUGCCAAUGAAGCUGCUUUCGAACAGGAAGAACAUAUUACACCUGCCAUGAAAAGAUUAGAAUAUUGGUGCAUUCACUUGUCAUUUUGGACAAACGUUUGUUUAUUUGUGUUGAAAUGUUCUGCGAGUAUCUUAUCAGUUUCUCUCUCAGUUAUUACAUCCACAAUUGAUUCUGCUUUGGAUUUAUUAUCUGGUUUGAUUAUUUAUAUUACUUCAUUGUAUAGAAGAAGAAAGAAUGAUAUUUAUCAAUAUCCAAUUGGUAGAAAUAGAUUGGAACCAAUUGGUUUUGUAAUUUUUGCUACUUGUAUGUGUACUGCAAGUUUGCAAAUUAUCAAGGAAGGUUUAUCUCAAAUCGUGACAGGUCUCAUUACAGGUGAUGUUUAUAUUAAUGCAAAUAGCUCAGAUGAUUCAAAUGCUGAAGUUGACUGGAUGUUUGGUAUUAUGAUUCCUAAAUAUGUUGCCACUAUUUUCUAUUGGUAUGGUAUUGGUGUCCUGUUGGCAACCAUUCUCAUCAAAUUGGCUCUCCAUUUGAUUUGUAGAAGAGUUAAACAUUCUCCUUCAGUUAUUGCCUAUGCAUUCGAUCACAGAAAUGAUGUCUUGUCUAAUAGUUUGUUGCUUGUUUCCCUAUUCUUGAGCAAAUAUUUGUGGUGGCUCGAUUCUAUUGGUGCUGUCAUUUUGAGUAUUUACAUUAUUAAGAGUUGGAUUGACGAAUCUUUGGAACAUGUGACUAAACUUGUUGGUUUGACUGCUGAUAAGGAAUACAUUCAAAAGUUGACAUUCAUGGCAUUGAAUCAUAGUCCUCUAAUUACUCAAGUUGAUUCAGUAAUGGCCUAUUAUUCUGGUGCCAAUAUGAUUGUUGAGAUUGAUGUUGUCUUGCCAAAGGAAACUCCACUCUUGGAAUCUCACGACGUUGGUGAAACAUUGCAAAAGAAGAUUGAAUCCUUGCCAGAUGUUGAAAGAUGUUAUGUCCAUUUGGAUUAUGAAUUUUCACAUACAAAGGAUUAUGAACAUGUCGUUAAGGAUUAAUUUUAAACACACAAUUAUAUAACUCGACAACACAGACUUGUCUUUGUAAAUAUUAAAUAUAUAUUCACAU